CGGAUGCCACGUUCACUCAAGCCGCCUGGAGUAAAAAUUCUGUGCGCGACAUUAUGCUGUCUUGGACUCAUAGCAGUGCCAUACCGAUCGUGAGCAUUUCACGUGAUUAUGAAUAUAAUACCAUUACCAUAAAGCAACGAUCUAAGGACCAGAGCUCUUUGGAAUAUUGGUGGAUACCGUUAAAUUUCGCAAGUGCAACUGCACCGGAUUUCAAGCGAACGGCGGUCGAUUACUUCAUGCCACCCGUAUCAGAGGUAACACUGAGUGCCAGUGAGUUGGGCAUAGAGUUGCGCAUCGACGAUUGGCUCAUCGUGAACAAACAACAAACGGGCUUCUACCAUGUGCUCUACAACGAUGCAAAUCUUUGGCUAAUCGCUAAGCAGUUGCACGACAAUCACACUGUUAUACAUCCACUCAAUCGUGCCGCCAUCUUCCAAGAUCUAGGACAUCUCAUACAAAACAAUGACAUGGAAUCAGUGGACGUAGUAUUCGAAUUAUUAAGUUAUCUACAAUAUGAAGAGGAGCUCAUGCCAUGGAAUCAAGUAGCGGAUACAAUUGUCUUUUUGGGCAAAAAUCUCUUUGGUACGCUAUCACAUGAAAUGUAUAACAACUUUGUGCGCCAGCUGAUUAGACCAAUAUUUAUUCGGCUCUUCGAAACCCCGUGCCAUGGGAACCUCACAAAUACGGAAUUGUUGGCGAGACAAAAGAUUAUGGAAAUGGCUUGCUUGGUCGAUUUGCAAGAAUGCCUCACCUAUACACAUGCUAAGGCGCACGAGUAUAUAUUUGGUAGUCUGAAAAUUGGAAAUGAAAUGGGCUACUAUGCCAUGCACGAGACAAUACUCUGCUUGGGCGUAAAAUAUCUAAGCGACGAGGAGUUCAAUGCAAUAUUGAAUACAUUCUCCAAAGAUGAUCGCGAUACACAUCCUUGGUAUGAUGAUCUUAUUUACGCACUACGUUGUACGCAGAGUCAAUCGCAUCUACAGCAAUAUUUGAAUCUUCUGUUGGGUGAGAACUCCACCAAAAGCAUUAUGGACGAUAUCGAAUCUAUGAUGUAUUUAUUGUAUUUGUUCAGAAGUAAUCGUGCUGCACGUCCGGUCAUGUGGCAAUUCAUUGAAGAAAAUUAUCGCGUUCUCUGUGGUUUUCCGAAGUUCGUCGAAAAUUUCAAUCGUAUAGCCGAAUACACACCGCGAAUGCAUCGUCAACAGUUCAUUGAUUUACGUAUGAAAAUUGCUGAAGAACUUAAAAAGGUGGAUCGAGAUGAAAUUCUAAUCGCUGCCGAUUCGUCACACAUUGGGCAGAAGGCUAAGGUUAGCGAUACCUUUAAUGAUAAAUUCAACCAUCAAAUCUACGAAUGGUUGAAGCGGAAUCAGCCGCCCACAUAUGUGGCGUCUUUGGGUGCCCGCAGCAGCGCUACACAAAUUGGACAUUUGUUCCGUGUUGCGGGGAAGUUUCUACGCAAAGUGGUUUCUAAGAAAAGAAGUUGACAUUUGUAAUUUAUUUUUUUACUUCUUUUAUAAAGAAUAACUUAAUAAUAAAUUAUUAA